GAGAGUGUGUGUGUGUGGAGUGGGCGGAUAGCUCUGAUCCUCCUGCGUUGUGUCUGGCUGGAGUGUUUAGAGAUGCAGUGCACAUGUAAGCAGUCAGAGUGUGUGUGUGUGUGUGUGUGGAACAGAUCACAGCUCUUCUCUCCACAAACAUCUUCUCUGGCAGAAGCUCUUCAACGCCGACAGCGCCGAUGGCCCCCAGCGUGCAGAUCCUGUGUGUGAUCCUGUUCUCCUGGGUUCUGCUCUCGAGUCCGACCGAGUCCAAACGGAACCGAGGCUCGAUCCCUCACCCGGACAAGAGCACCCCGAACGAGUCGGACCAGAACCAGAACCAGAACCCUCAUCCGAGAGGCAGGAGCCGAGGCUCCGAGGAGGUUCUGGAGUCCAGCCAGGAGGCGCUGCACGUGACCGAGCGCCGGUACCUGAAGCGGGACUGGUGUAAAACCCAGCCGCUCAAACAGACCAUCCACGAGGAGGGGUGCGUGAGCCGGACCAUCAUCAACCGGUUCUGCUACGGCCAGUGCAACUCCUUCUACAUCCCGAGACACGUGCGGCGAGAGGAGGGAGCGUUCCGGUCCUGCUCGUUCUGCAAACCCAAACGCUUCACCACCAUGAGCUUCACCCUGAACUGCCCCGAUCAGCAGCCGCCGACCCGGAAGAAGCGCGUGCAGCGGGUCAAGCAGUGCCGGUGCAUCUCCAUCGACCUCGACUGAGGGUCCGGGGUCUUGGGUUUCGGGUCUGGGUCCUGGGUCACUGCAAGAGAAGGAACACAGCAGAACCGGAUCUGGACCGGGCCGACAGUAAGAACACAGCAGAACCGAGGAAGAAGCACACGGGACAUGCUCUGGGGAAUACUGGUUAUCACAUGAGAAAAGACACCAUCAUUAUUAUGACAUCACAAUUGUGACCUUCAGUCAUGAUUAUAAUAUUUAGAAAGUUGAAAUUGACUGUUAUAAUAUUGAGACAGAAAAUUGAAAUUAUGACAGUCAAAUUUUGUGACACAAUACACAAAGUCAAUUUAGACUGAGAUAAAAAGUCAAAAUUGUCAAACUACGUCAAAACUGCUAUAUGAGUCAUAAUUAUGAGAUUAAAAAGUCAAAAUUAUGACAAAGUCGAAAAAUGACAGAACACAUGCUGUGGGAACACUGAUCACAUGGGAAAACACAUGGUUAUGACACACUAAAUCAUAAUGAGAUAAAUCGUUGAAAUUUACUGUCAUAAUUUUGAGAUGGAAAACUAAAAUGAUGGCAGUUAAAAUUGUCACACACUAAUAAGUAAAUUAUGAGAUAAAAAGUUGAAAAUG